CAGUGGCAUGGGCGCGCGGCUGCGUAUUGCCUCCGCCGGGCGCACCGACUCCGGCAAAUACACUUGCAUCGCCACGAACGAGUACGGCCACGACAGCCGCAGCGUCAUGCUCAGCGUCCUAGAAAAACCAGAACCUCCGGGUCAGGUCAAGGUCACCGGGGUCAGCAGCCGGACUAUACAGAUAUCGUGGAACAGACCUUACGACGGCAACAGCGAAAUACUCAAAUACAUCAUCGAGUAUCAGAACGUAACGGGUCGGUGGACGGAUACCCGGAUGCAGGACCUGCCGGCGAACGCCACCGUGACGACCAUCCGGGGCUUUCAUCCCGCCUACACGUACCAGUUCCGCCUGCAUGCGGAGAACGCUCUGGGCAGGAGCGACACUAGCGCCGUCGUCACUGCUACCACGGAGGAAGAAGUUCCAUCUGGAACACCAGUAGACGUUACUAUCGUCGCAACGGGAUCCCAGUCGCUAGAGGUCACCUGGAGGCCACCGAGGCGAGUACAGCGUAACGGGGAACUGAAAGGUUACUACGUCGGCUACAAGGUUCGUAACUCCUCGCUGCCCUACCAGCAUCACACAGUGCCGUACGGAGGCGACAGCGAGGAGCAACACGUCAUCAGCAACCUGCACAAGUUCACCUAUUACAGUGUAGUCGUUAGCGCCUACAACCGCCGCGGUACGGGCCCCAGCACAGAGCCGCAUGACAUCAGAACGAUGGAGGACGUUCCCCAGCGCUCCCCCUCAGGGAGUUCAGUGCUAGUGAUGAGCUCCCGCAGCAUCACCGUGGAGUGGUUCCCCGCCGCCCCUUCCGAGAGCCUACACGGAAUCCUGCAGGGCUACAAGAUCAUCUACCGCCCAGCGACACCGCACGACGACGACGUUGACGAUGGCGGUCCCUAUGAGAAGGUGCAGUCGACGACGAGUUUGUCGGCGACCAUCUACAGCCUGCGCAAGUUCACCAACUACAGUGUGGAGGUGCUGGGAUACAGCCGGGUCGGCGAUGGCGUGCCCAGCCGACCGUUCUACGUCAGGACGCUGGAGGAUGUGCCAGAAGCGCCCGCGGCAAUCAAAGCUCUGGUCUCGGCUGACCACUCGAUCAUGGUAUCGUGGCUCCCUCCAGUAGCUGCCAACGGCAUCAUCACGAAGUACACGCUCUAUAUGCGAUAUUGGAACGACGGCAAAGAGACGCGCCAUCAGAUUGACCUGCCCGUGAGUAGACUCACGUAUGAGGCGAAUAAUCUGCGCCAGGGAUACAAGUACAACUUCAGAGUGACAGCGUGGACGAACCGUGGGCGAGGAGAGGGCACGGCGCCACAUCACGAGGGAGCCUAGCAGUAUCGUUCCAGCCGGAAUCGUGUCAUUUGGUCAGAAGGUCACUGCAAGGUGGAAGAGUGACAUAACUCUCUCUUGUCACACGGUUGGGAUUCCAGCUCCCGACGUCUCAUGGAAACACAAUGGCGUCAGCAUCAGGAUGGCUGCGGAUGUUGCCAUGGCGAUCCUAGCUAACAACUCGCUGCAGCUUUCCAAGGUUCGUCUGGAACAUUCUGGCAACUACACAUGUCAUAUCUCGAAUAAGUAUGGAACGGAUGGGAUUACCCACCAACUCGUGGUCAAAGCGCCACCUAUGCCACCAUCCGUGUCUAUACUGUCGGCCAAAACGCACACCAUUAAGCUCAAGUGGACGACGGUCAGUGAUGGUGGCAGCGCCGU